AUGGCCAUGAAAAAUCAUUAUAUCCCUGAUUCAUUUCAAAGAGCAUCCAAUAUUAGAGUCCCAUUAGCACCCACUGUUAAAUUCGAAAUAAAUCCAGGAAUUUUUCAAAUGCUCCCUAAUUUUCAUGGAUUGCCUUUAGAGGAACCUCAUCAGCACUUGGAAAAAUUUCAUAUGGUCUGUGAUUUAGUUAAUCUCCCUCAAGUUACACCGGAAAUUAUUAAGAUGAAAUUAUUCCCUCAUACACUUAGGGACAAAGCUAGUCAUUGGCUAUCCACAUUAGAUAGAGAAUUAACUAGCUGGAAAGAUAUAGAACAGGCCUUUCUUCGAAAAUUUUAUCCCUUAGGAAAAACUCAAAAUAUGAGAAAACAUAUAUGGAGUUUUUCUCAAAGACCAGGAGAAACUUUGCAUGAGACAUGGGAAAAAUUUAAAGAUUUACUUAGAAAGUGUCCUCAUCAUGCUAUACCCAAGUGGCAGCUCAAUAGAAUUUUUUAUGAUAGAUUAUUAGAACAACAUAGAAAUAUGGUUGAUUCUAUAUGUGGAGGAGCUUUUAUGGAGAAAACUCCUGAUGAGAUUUACAGUCUUUAUGAGAAUUUAAGUGAAAAUUCUAGAGAUCAAGCCUCUUUUGAAUUAUAUGACAGGGAUAAGAAGAGAGGAAUUUAUGAAUUGCAUCAUGAUGAUGAUUCUAAACUUAGAAAUGAGGUUAAUCAGAUUAAUCAAAUAUUAGAAAAAAUUGAUUUACUUAUUGACAAUAUUAGAAAGCCUUUUAACCCUCAACUUAAUUCGAAUAGUACAUGUCCUAUGUAUGGUGAAAACGAUUAUUCUGAAUUUCAAUGUUAUAAUUUAGAUCAAUCAUUUCACCCUAUGCAAGAACAAGUGCAAGUAGCUCACGGUUUUAAUAGAAACAGGGAACCUUUUUCAAAUUUUUAUAAUCCUAAUUGGAGGAAUAGUUUUUCAUGGAGAGACCCAAAUAAUAUUCAAAAUCCAGAAGCACUUAGACCCAAUUCAAACUCUGAAUUUCGUCCAAAACAAGAAAAUAGAUUUCAGAAAAAUCAGUCCUCUCAAAUCCAACCUGAUGCUAUGGAAAUGAUGCAGCAAAUGAGCCAAAUGAUGCAACAAACUAUGAACUAAAUGAUGCUGCACCAGAAACAAAUUAUAGAGGCUCUUGGGAAUAAGAGAGAAGAGGGACAGCUACCUAGUCAGCCCAUAGAAAAUCCAGGGAACCGCCCAACAAUAGGAUUUCAGCAAGGGGAGUCUAGUAGCAUGAAUCUAGGAAAAAACCCACGAAAUGAAAAUGUUAGGACAGUGAAUGCAUUAAGGAGUGGUAAGAUCUUAGCUGAUCCUUAUCCCCAAAUAUUAGAAGAAAAAGAAAACGUGGACAACCCAAAACAAAAUCAAAUAGGAGUAGAAGAGGAUUUUAUAGAUUCUACCAAGGAAAUUUCGAAAGAGAGGACAACCAUUCCAUUUCCUAAAGCUCUAGAGCCUAGACAAAGAAAGAAAAAGGAACACAAUGAAGAAAUAAAGAAAAUUUUACAAGAUGUGCAAAUUAGUCUUCCUUUACUUACUGCCAUUGAACAUAUUCCUGAAUAUGCUAGAGUUUUGAAAGAAAUGUGUACACCAAAAAGGGCACCUAGAGUAGAAAAAUUAUCUAUGCAUGCUAGUGCAUUAUUAUUAAAUCAAUUACCAUAUAAAUUGAGAGAUACAGGUGCCCCUUUGAUUUCGUGUGAUAUUGGUGGAUUCAUUUUUCAGAAUGCAUUACUUGACACCGGUGCUAGCAUUAAUUUAUUACCUGCAAGUAUUUGUGAUAAAUUUAAUAUUUCUGAUCUUAAACCUUCUACUGUUACCUUACAAUUUGCUGAUAGAUCCAUAAAACAUCCUAAAGGUAUUUUAGAAAAUGUGAUAGUGACAGUUAAAGGGUGUAAAUUUCCAGCUGAUUUUUGUAGUACUGGAAAUGGAUUUUAAUGGACAGUUUUAUGAUACACCAAUCAUCUUAGGGAGACCAUUUUUGCAUACAGCAAAGAUGAAUAUUGAUUUUCCCACAGGUAUUGCGAAAAUUUCAUGUGGAGAUCAAUCAGUAGAAAUUAAAAUUUUUAAGAUAUCAAAUGAUAUUAAGAAAUCCCAAGUAUAUGAUUGUCAUACCAUAGAUCUUCUAGAUGAUUUUGAUGAUCCAGAUGUUAUUGAUGACUGUGUGCUGAAAGAAUUAGAGGAAAUAGAGAAUAUAAAUUUAGAAGAAAAGAAAGAGGAAGAUCAUCUGAAUUUAGAGUUGAAACCUCUUCCCUCUAGUUUAAAAUAUAUGUUUUUGGAGGAAAAUAAUUCAUUUCCUGUUAUUAUUGCAGCUGAUUUGAGUGAUGAACAGGAAGAAGAAUUAUUAGAUGUACUUCGAAAAAAUAAGAAAGCUAUGGGCUGGAAAAUGGACGAUCUAAGGGGCAUUGAUAUGAGUGUAUGCAUGCAUAGUAUAUAUUUAGAGGAGGGGGCUAGAACUAGUAGGGAACCACAACGAAGAUUAAAUCCUAACAUGAUGGAAAUUGUAAAAAAGGAAAUUUUAAAGUGGCUGGCUGCUGAUAUUAUUUAUCCUAUUUUAGAUAGCAAAUGGGUUAGUCCUACACAAGUAGUGCCAAAAAAAUCAGGGAUUACGGUUAUAAAAAACGAAAAUAGGGAUGAAAUACAAACAAGACUAACUACCGGUUGGAGAGUUUGCAUUGAUUAUAGAAAAUUAAAUUCAGUUACUAGAAAAGAUCAUUUUCCCCUACCAUUUACUGAUCAAAUUCUAGAAAAAUUAGCUGGAAAAACUUUUUUUGUUUUCUGGAUGGAUACUCUGGUUAUAAUCAAAUUUAUAUAA